CAUCUGCCUACUCUGAAGCAAACAGUAACUCUUCCAAUAAUGAAACUUCCCCUGAUCAUCGGCAUAGCCACAGCUGUGGUUCUGUGCCAGGCAGAUGGUAAUAAAGGUGGUUUCGGCGGAGGUGGAUUUGGAGGAGGUGGCUUUGGAGGAGGUGGCUUUGGAGGCAGUAGAUACGGUGGACGAGGCAGUGGAUUUGUAGGUGGCUCUCUUGGUGGUGCCCAUGGAGGAGGUGUCAGCGGUGGAUCCUUCGGUGGCUCAUCAUAUGGAAGCGGUGGUUUUGGAGGUGGAUCCUUCGGUGGCAGUCUUGGAGGAGGAUUUGGAGGAGGUAAAGGUGCUUCCUUUGGAGGUGGAUCUUUUGGAGGCGGUCAGGGAGGCGGCUUUGGUGCCGGUUCCUUUGGAGGCUCAUCAUAUGGAAGCGGUGGUUUUGGAGCUGGAUCCUUCGGUGGUGGUCUUGGAGGAGGACUUGGAGGAGGUAAAGGUGCUUCCUUCGGGGGUGGAUCUUUUGGAGGCGGUCAAGGAGGCGGCUUUGGUGCUGGUUCCUUUGGAGGCCCGUCAUAUGGAAGCAGUGGUUUUGGAGGCGGAUCUUUCGGUGGUGGUACUGGAGGAGGCUUUUCAGGAGGCAAAGGAGGCUCCUUUGGAAGCAGCUCUCUUGGAGGCGGUUUAGGCGGUGGAUCCUUCGGUGGCCGAUCCUACGGCAGUGGCAGUUUUGGAAGCGGCUCUAUUGGAGGAGGAUCCUUUAGGGGUGGUCCUGGAGGAGGCUUUACAGGAGGCAAAGGAGGCUCCUUUGGAGGCGGCUCAUUUGGAGGUGGUCCUGGAAUAGGAUUUACAGGAGGCAGAGGAGGGUCCUUUGGAGGUGGAUCUUAUGGAGGAAGCUCCAUUGGAGGUGGCUCUUUUGGAGGAGGUUCCAUUGGAGGUGGCUCGUUUGGAGGUGGUCCUGGAGGAGGAUUUACAGGAGGCAAAGGAGGCUCCAUUGGAGGUGGCUCUUUUGGAGGAGGCUCAUUUGGAGGCGGUCCUGGAGGAGGCUUUACAGGAGGCAAAGGGGGCUCCUUUGGUGGUGGCUCAUUUGGAGGUGGUCCUGGAGGAGGAUUUGCAGGAGGCAGAGGAGGAUCCUUUGGAGGUGGAUCUUAUGGAGGAAGCUCCAUUGGAGGUGGCUCUUUUGGAGGAGGGUCCAUUGGAGGUGGCUCUUUUGGAGGUGGUCCUAGAGGAGGAUUUACAGGAGGCAAAGGAGGGUCCUUUGGAGGUGGCUCUUUUGGAGGUGGUCCUGGAGGAUCAUUUGGAGUGCAUGGUGGUCCAAUUGGAGGAGGUGGAUUCACCGGUGGUCGACGAUAUGGAUAAUAGAAUUUUAUAGCAUGCUAAAUAUAUUAAAUUAAACAUUUA